GGGGCGGCCCCGCAGGCCCGCUCAGUCGCUUGCCGAUCAGGCCGGGCCUCCUCCGCUUCCGCCUCCGCCCCCGCCCCCGCCCUCGCUCGCAGGCCUCGCCCCGACCCCGGGCCCGCGCCACAACCUCCGCACGCCGCUCCGCACCGCGCCCCGCACCGAGCUCCGCUCCGCGACCAUGUUUCGUAACCAGUAUGACAAUGAUGUCACCGUUUGGAGCCCUCAGGGGCGAAUUCAUCAAAUCGAAUAUGCCAUGGAAGCUGUAAAGCAAGGAUCAGCUACCGUAGGGCUGAAAUCGAAAACUCAUGCGGUUCUUGUUGCUUUAAAGAGAGCGCAGUCUGAACUGGCAGCUCACCAGAAAAAAAUUCUCCAUGUUGACAACCAUAUUGGCAUCUCGAUUGCUGGACUCACAGCUGAUGCUAGAUUGUUGUGCAAUUUUAUGCGCCAAGAGUGUCUGGAUUCCAGAUUUGUGUUCGACAGGCCACUUCCAGUGUCGCGUCUGGUGUCUCUCAUUGGAAGCAAAACCCAGAUACCGACGCAGCGUUAUGGCAGGAGGCCAUAUGGUGUUGGACUGCUCAUUGCUGGUUACGAUGACAUGGGCCCUCAUAUCUUCCAGACUUGUCCAUCUGCUAACUAUUUUGACUGUCGAGCCAUGUCCAUCGGAGCUCGUUCUCAAUCAGCUCGCACUUACUUGGAGAGACGGAUGUCGGAGUUUGCCGACUGCAAUCUGAAUGAGUUGGUCAAACACGGUCUGCGUGCUUUGAGAGAGACACUUCCUGCGGAACAGGAUCUCACAACCAAGAAUGUGUCCAUUGGAAUUGUUGGAAAGGACUUGGAGUUCACGAUCUACGAUGAUGAUGACGUGUCGCCCUUCCUGGAGGGUCUCGAAGAAAGGCCGCAGAGAAAAGUCCAGCCUGCUCAACCGAGUGACGAACCUGCCGAAAAGGCCGAAGAGCCGAUGGAGCAUUAAACGUGUCUGAAUGGUUUUAAGAACACACCUUAGCAAGACAGAGCAAAUGCAUGAGCACGAAAACACAUCUGCCGGUCUUCUGAUUAUUCUAGCCUUGGGGAUGAAAACAUUCUGAGGGGAUGAGCCCCGAAGUGGGAUGUUCCAGGCAACCAAAUCCAAAACAAGAGUCGACACGGUAAUUGGGUACAUUGUCUUUGAAAGGAAAGGUGUAAUCAUUUUCUAGGAAGUCUAGGGGGCACAGUGCUACCAUUUUUAUAUGAAGAUCAUUUUGUCUUUAUGAUUUUUAAAGGCAACUGUGGAAUAAAAUUAUUUCACCCGA